CCCACUGUUCGGCCCCACGUCUGCCCUGAUGGACAGUUUGCUUGUGGGAGUUUUAGAGAGUGUGUUCCCGACAGCAAAGUGUGUGACUUCAGUCUGGAUUGUUCUGACGGAUCGGACGAGUUAUACUGUGUGAGGGAGCGUUGUGAUUUCGAGGGCGGGGACACCUGCGGCUGGCAGAGCAACGACUCCUCUCUCGUCUCCACUCAUGCUUUUCGCUGGUCACCGGUCCAAGGAGAGAGCAUCCACGAUGGAGAGCAGAGCCACAGACCCAUCAACGACCACACCACCGGGGGUCCAGAGGGAUGGUACAUGUGCGCCGACAGCUCAAACGGAGGAUACGGUCAAACCAGCGACCUCCCAAACACCUGUUAUGACCUCCAACGGACCACAAUGCACUCUGGUCUUCUGGUACCACAUGAGCGGGUUCACCGUGGGAUCACUGCAGGUGCUGCUGAAGUACGGAAACUCCACUCAUGAGGUCUGGUCUCAGUCUGGAAGUCAGGGGAACAAAUGGAGACGAGGAGAAAUGUUUAUAGGCAUUGUAAACAACUUCCAGGUGGUGUUCAGGGCGAAGCGAGGGAUCAGCUAUAUGGGCGACGUGGUGAUCGAUGAUGUCACCUUCCUGCACUGCGUCCCCCCCCCCCUCCUCAGGUGACCCCUGCACACCUGAGCAGUUCACCUGCAGGAACCAGAACUGCAUCUCCCAGGAUCAGCUGUGUGACUUCAUCGAUCACUGCGGGGACCAAUCAGACGAGGAGCCCUACAUCUGCCAAGGUUUCAGUUCUCGCUGCAGCUUUGAGUUCGAUCUCUGUUCGUGGCGUCAGAGUGGAAUGGAUGAUUUUGAUUGGCUGAUCAAAGCGGGCAGCACUCUUACAGGCGGCACGGGGCCAAUCAGCGACCACACCCUCAGAGACCCCUCCGGACACUACCUGUACCUGGAGGGCUCUUUCCCGCAGGCAGCAGGAAACUCCGCCCGAAUCUCAGGACCCCUGCUGAGCCGCCGCAGCAAACACUGCCAGGUGCGUUUCUUUUCCCACAUGUCCGGAGAAGGCAUCGGGACCCUCAGUGUGUUCAGAGGAGGUGAAGCAAGAGGGUUUGAUCUGCUGUUGAACCUGACGGGGGAUCAGGGUCACGCCUGGCAGAGGGUGGAGGUCCAGCUGAGCCGCCAAGAAGAAGACUUCCAGGUGGUGUUUGAGGGCAAAGUGGGCAAAAACCCAAAGGGAGACAUCUGCCUGGACGACAUCAGCUUCUCCUCGGGGUGUCUGCUGGCUUCAGAAGAAGAAGACGACACUCCUCUUCCUCCUGCAG